AGACAUCUCUAAGGUGAUGUCAUGGAGGCAGCAAUGAUGCUGUUGCCCGGCGCCUGUAUCCUUGCAGCCAGACGGGGGUAAUCGUAGUCACCAGUCCAUCAGCAGCAGCAGCAGAGAAGACGGGGACAGAGGGGGAUAGACUGUGAAGGAUCUUCAGCAUCCCUGGGGAGUAACACACGCAGUGAGAAGAUGACUCUGGCAGCCUACAAAGAGAAGAUGAAAGAGCUCCCCCUGGUGUCUCUGUUCUGUGCCUGCCUGAACCCACAGACUGCAGACAAACCUGCAUACAAGGCAGAAGAUGCGGUGGACCUGGGCUGGUGCGUCAUCAAAGACGUGGAGGUCAUUGAGCUGAACAAGCGGACGUCUGGCCAGGCCUUCGAGGUCAUCCUCAAGCCCCCGUCCUUUGACGGCGUGCCAGAGCUCAACACCUCCAUGCCGCAGCGCCGCGACCCGUCCCUGGAGGAGAUCCAGAAGAAGCUGGAGGCUGCCGAGGAGAGGCGAAAGUGCCAGGAGGCGGAGCUGCUGAAGCACCUGGCGGAGAAGCGAGAGCACGAGCGUGAGGUGAUCCAGAAGGCCUUUGAGGAGAACAACAACUUCAUCAAGAACGCCAAGGAGAAGCUUGAGCAAAAAAUGGAGGCCAACAAGGAGAACCGGGAGGCCCUGCUGGCUGCCAUGCUGGAGCGGCUCCAGGAGAAGGACAAACACGCUGAAGAAGUGAGGAAGAACAAGGAGAUGAAGGAGGAAGCCUGCCGGUAGAUGAGUGGAGAAGAAAAAGAAAAAAGAAUGAGCAAGACUGGGAGAUUAUAGAGUCGGUAAAAAACGGAAAUCAAAACAGUGCAAAAAAGAAAACGAAAGAAAAAGAACUCAAAAGCAAUUCGAACAAAAGGAAAAGGCAAGUUUUCAUAUUUGAUGUAUGCUGUAACGAUUAUGAACAAGCUGUACAAAGUUUAGCCAACUCUUGAUGUUGAAAUUCAAAUAGAAAUCUGUCUCUUUUUUCUAAAAAAAAAGUGGGUGGGGGGGUCGGGUGGCAUCAAAACAAACAUUUCAAAUUUUUAAUGGGGGGGCGGCAUUGGUUGUUUGGUGAGAAUGAAAGCUGUUUCAAAGCAGGAGGAGGUAACAAUUUAAAUCAUAGCUCCCAUUCUUUCAGUUUUUUAAGUCAGAAUGCAGGAAAAGAAUAGGACCAAGGAUUGAACCCUGAGGUACACCACACUUCUGCUGACCAGAUUAACUUCAUUAAGGAUCAUUAACUAGGCUGUGUUUUUCUCAAUGAUGCCUCAUAUUACAAAUUUUAACUAAAUGCUGACACAUUUGGCAGCUACACUACCAAUUACUGAAUGAAAUAGGGAGAUGUAAUCUAAAUUGUUACCAAGUAAAAGAUGAAAAAUGUGUGAUGUGCUUAAACAAAACUGGACACACAGAUGUAGUUUAGAGCCCUAGUCUGUCACCACCAGUACAAGUCAGUCCCAGGCUUCUUCAGUCUUUGAUUUACAGCGUACUACUUACCAGUCAAUAUACAUACAACAGGACACAUAUUACCACAAACCUUUGCAGUUUCCAAAUGAAAAAUAAAAAUUGAUUUCCCAAGGUCUACCGCUCUCAUGCGUAUUCUUAGCAUGUACCAUUUAUGGAAAUAUUGGGUCUGUCUGGGGACAUCUGCGUGAGUGAAUCUCACAAUAUUGUUUAUGAAUAUAAAAAUAUUAAGCAGGCUCUUGUUUCUUUCUACAGUGACCCUGGAGAGUAAAAAAUAAAAAGAAGUAAAAAAAAUACUUAAAAAAGAGGAAGCUCUGCUGCAUUUUGCCAUAUUCAAACUCUUUAAAUGUAGUGUACAUAGUAGUAGAUUAGUAUUAGAUUUAGAGCACUGAUUGCACUCUUCUUUUAUUAAGCACAAUUCAAAAGCACACAAACACACAGUAAGGACAGUAGGUAUAUACAGAAUACACAACAAUAACAUCACAAGGAGGCAAACUCUUGAGGGACAGUAGUUCUAAACUUGGACAAAUUUGUGUUUGGAAGGAAACGUUUCUGGUUAACCCUGCUUUGGCAUGUGUCCCUGUCCUCUGAUGUCAGCCUAGGAUUUUCAAGGGAAUGUAAACCUUAAAGAGUAAAUGGAAAGAUGAAAUUUGCUUGAGUUGUUGAGUCAUACUGACUUGAUUGAAAUGUCUCAAAUGCAUGCACUGUAAGCGGGGGGGUCGUUACAUGGGGUUGGUGCUGUAACUGUGUGUCGCUGUCUAAGGCUGGAGUGAUUCUAUUUGGCAUGGUCAGUAAAAACGGCUUGACUGAA